UUUUUUUUUUUUAACUACUUGAAAACCUUCUUUUUUCAUAAUGAGUACAUGGCAACCACAACAACAAGGUUUACGAGAACUUGUUGUUUUAUUACGAGACGCUGCUAAUCCCUACAACAAGGAGCAAUCGCUCAUAAAUAUUCGAUUACAAUCCUUUCACACGUUUCCCGACUACAAUGCAUAUCUGGUCUAUAUACUUGUUCAAAUGAAAGAAGAAGCCAUGGAUACACGCAUGAUUGCAGGUUUACAAUUAAAGAACAGUAUCAAGGAUCAUUUCAAUACGAUCCCUCUCAACGUACUCGAGUAUGUCAAACAAUCCUGUAUCCAACUUUUAUUUCAACCCGAUCUAUCACCCAUUAAUAAGACAGUAUCUGCCGUGAUUGCUGCCAUCAUCGGUAGAGGUCAAGUACAUAAUUGGCCUCAGGUCUUGAUGAUCUUGAUCGAAAAAUUGACUGACACACAGACCCCACUUGUGCUCGAGAUUUCUCUCGACACGUUAGUCAUGAUUUGUGAAGACGUAGCUCCCGAAUUGGAUAGUGAAAUUGAAGGCAUCAGACCACUUGGCCUGAUGAUCCCACACUUACUUUCGCUUUAUUCGAAUCCCGACCCACGUUUACGCUCACAGGCCAUCAAUGCAACGAGUCAAUUCGUCUUAUUGAAGAGCGUUUCCUUCACCGAACAUUUACAACAUAUUUUAACCGCCGUCUAUCAUCCACUGGUCAUGGGAGACCCUACAACUCGACAGGAGCUGAGUCGCAUGAUGACUCUCUUGUUAGAAGCUUACCCCGAUGCCAUGGAGCCUUACUUGUUGGUGGCUAUUGAAUAUAUGUUGAACGCCAUGGAGGACGGUAUGACAGUGACCGCCACGGAUUUCUGGAUCACCUAUGCUCAUCAAACGAAAUAUAAACCUCAAUUGGAACCCUAUUUACCUCGUUUGGUGGUUCAAUUGUUGAACAACAUGGUGUAUUCCUCAUCGGAUCUCAUUGAUCUUAAACAAGUAGCGAAACAUAAAGAAGAAGGUGAGAUACGACCUCGUUAUUUCUCUACCACUCAACAUCAAUCGGAUCACCCUACUGCUGCUUCGAAAAAGAAGAAGACGAGGGAGGAUGAAUUAAGUGAUCUGGAAGAGGAAUCCGAGUCAGAUGAAUCCGAUUCAGAUGAGGAUAACAGUUCAUGCUCUUCUUCUUCUUCUUCCUCGUCCUCCAGUAGUGCUUCCUCUAUCCAACAUGUGGUUGAAGGAGAGGAUUAUGAGGAUGGAGAGGAUGCGGAAUUCUAUGCAAGAGAUUCGCCAAGACAGUGUAGUGCAUCGGCUUUGGAAAUGUUGUCCGUGACCUUUGGAGACACCAUGGCAACCAUCUUGUUGGAUCGUUUGGUACAUCAUACAUUGGUCCAUGAUACUUGGCUUGUUCGUGAAAGUGGUAUAUUGGCUUUUGGUGCAGCGGCGGAAGGAGGUGUUCAUGUCAUGUACGACCAUUUACCUCAAUUGUUACCUUACCUACUCAAAUCCAUGAGCGACCCACAGCCCUUGGUGAGGUCGAUUGCUUGCUGGGCCGUAAGUAGGUUCUCGAAUUGGUUAGUACGUGAACACAACAAGGCCACAAGUUUUUUUUUUUUUGAACCCGUGCUGUUUGGGUUACUAAAUAGAUUAUUAGAUUCAGAUAGUCGAGUACAAGAAUCUGCAUGUACAGCGUUUAUUGUUCUAACAGAAACAGCCGCAACGACCACCAUUCCGUAUAUUCAUCCGAUUUUAACUCAUACCAAUCGUGCCUUUUCCAUUUACGGACGAAAGAACCGACUUCUUUUGUAUGAUGCUGUGGGUACCUUGGCAGCGGCUGUCAAGUCACACUUGAACCAACCUCCAUUUAUUUGUUUAUUAAUGCCUCCCUUAAUUUCUAAAUGGAAUCAACUCUCUGAUAAGGACACAGAUUUAUUUCCAUUACUAGAAUGUUUGUCUACCAUCACGGCAGCUUUAGGAAAAGGGUUUAUACAGUAUGUAGAUCCGGUUUUAUCCAGAUGUGUGAAACUUGUAUUGUCUACAUUACAAGAACAAAUGUUGGCAGAUCAACAUCCUGAAGAAAUGAUGCCUCCCAACGUAGAUUUCUUAAUUGCUGCAUUGGAUUUGUUAUCGGGGAUUGUGCAAGGGUUAGGGUCGGCGAUUGAGCCCUUGAUUGCACAAACAAAUCCUCCUUUACUUGCCUUACUGUGCAAAUGUAUCCACGAUCCCGUGUCUGAAGUGUUACAGUCUACAUUUGCGUUACUGGGAGAUAUUGCUAUGGCCAGUUUCAACCUACUGGAACCUUACAUGCAUACAAUAUUCAGUGAAAUGAUUGGUAUUCUUCAUAACCGACAGUACAUGAUUCCAAUCAGUGUAUAUAAUAACGUAUUGUGGGCACUGGGUGAGAUGGUAUUGCGAUGGGAUGCGAGACAGGUACAACGAUACAUUCCUAGUCUGAUGGAGGUCCUCUUACCUUUACUUGUUCAUGGUCAUGUCCCCGCUUCGAUUCAUGAAAAUGCCAUGAUUGCAUUGGGAAGAUUGGGUUUAGCUAGUCCCGUGCAUGUAGCACCGUAUUUAAGUCAAUUUAUCAAACCUUGGUUAGAGAAAUCUUUAUCGGUCCGAGAAGGAGAUGAAAAAGAGACCGCUUUCCGAGGUCUGUGUGCCGUGAUUAAUCUAAACGCACAGGAUGCUCACUCUGAGUUGGGAUUAUUGCUGGUCGCUAUGGCUACUUGGAGAAAUCCGGCGCCUCCUCUCGCUAUGGAAAUACAACAUGUUGUAAAAGGGUUUCACGGUGUACUUACGCAAGACCAAUGGGAACAAGCCUACGAUCAAUUAGAUCCAGAAGCUCAAAACCAAAUCUUGAAAAUUCUAGCGCGUUGAAAAAAAAAAAAAAAAGGGGGAAGGCGGAGUUUUUUUGAGGGUGCUGCAAAAAGUCGAUCCUUUCUUUUUUUUUUUUUUUUUUUUGUUGUUGUAUGGAACACACAUAUAUAAAUAAAUAAACUAUUUACGAGUGACAAUCAAAA